AUGGGAGGAGAGAAUGAAGAAGUUGAAGCUGCUUUUUCUCCACAGCCCGGGUUGAACAUGUCAGCAGCAGGUGACAUCAGUGAUUUACAGUUGACAAGGGAUGAUGAUAUAGAAGACCCAAUAGAAGAUGUUUCUGAUAACAUCGAUGAUGUGUUUGCUGGAGAAAUGAAAACGGAGGAUUUUUCAUCAUGCUGUGUAGGCACAACAUUCGCUAACGAAAUGGCUAUGGCCUCUCCAUUCUCUUCAUUGGAACAUGCAAUUACGGUUGUCAGAGACAUAUGGUUCCGUAAGUUGAAUGUUAGGUCUUGGUUGGAGGCUAUAUCAGGACGAUCUUGUUCUAAUAAAUACUUGGAAACGGUGAACGAAGCUACUGUGCAGGGAUCAAUGUACGAGGAGAAAUUUGGGUAUGUUUUUGUGACAUUUGUAGCUGGUAGGACCUCUGAAGACAUACUUGCUGAAUUAAAGACGCACUUUAAUAACUCGCAUGUUGUUGAGUUGGAGAUUGCUUCAAAAGAGGAAUUAAAGUAUAUAGAACGUGCUAUUAGAGAGCUUCUUUUCAAGAAAUCUGUCCAAACUACCGAUGAAAGAGAUGUGUCAGCUGAAUAUUCAAGCAAAGUAGUUGAUGACACUCUAGAUGGAGCAGACACUGAUUCAGAAGACGAUUUAUAUGCUAUCUCCUCCGGUGGAUAUGACAUAUCUCCAGGAAUGUUGAGCUCGAUAAGGUUCCAGAAAAAGACAAUGAAACUUUAA